AUGAAGAACGGUAAACAAGUAAAAGGCUGUCGAUUAAAGAAAGGUACAAAUUAUGACGAGGCAAUGAAGGAAGCAUUCAUGGAGAUCUUUGAGAAUUUCAAGGAGAUUGACAAGGACAUUAACUUAAAAAAGACGAAACAAAGUGUAGAUUUUGAAAGAAGAAGAGGUAGCGCUCCAGCCUCAGCACUUAGACAAGAAACAGCGAUUUUAGCGAACACAAAAGAGGAACUAACGAGAAAAUUUUCUACACCUGUGCGACCCAAACCGAGUUUUACGGAAGAGGUUUCAGCAACUUCGUCACCGGCGCCGCCACUGCCAUCCAAGCAAACUCUAUCGACAAUGCAGUGGCUCUUGCCAUGCUGGGAAGAAGAAGAGGAGAUUUAA